AUGACCAAUCCAAGUUCACCACCAAUUGCUUCAUCAACUAAUCAUAAUUCAACAACAUCAACAAUGUCAUCAACUAGUUUUGCAAACUAUUAUGAUUCGACUACAGCUGCAGCUGCUGCCGCUGCUGCUGCUGCAUACUAUCCGCCUUUACCUCCAUCAUCAGCAACAAAUCGAUUAGGACAACCAUCGUCCGGAUCCGUAUCAUCCUAUGGUGUUCAUCAAACAAAUCCGUAUGCGAAUUAUGGUGAUCCCUAUCAUCUAUUAUCACGUCCACCGGCUGCUUAUCCAUAUGCCAUGUCAUCAGUUAAUUCAAAAGAAUUGGCCAAACCAGCUAUGAGUUAUAUUGCACUCAUCACAGCAGCUAUUCAAAAUAGUCCAGAUCAAAAAUGCACUUUAAAUGGUAUUUAUCAAUAUAUUAUGGAUCAAUAUCCAUAUUAUCGAGAAAAUAAACAAGGUUGGCAGAAUUCAAUUCGACAUAAUUUAUCAUUAAACGAUUGCUUUGUUAAAGUUGCACGAGAUGAUAAACGACCAGGGAAAGGAUCCUAUUGGAUGCUUCAUCCUGAUUCACACAAUAUGUUUGAUAAUGGUUCAUUUUUACGACGACGACGUCGUUUUAAACAAGAAUCAAAUAAUCUUCAUCGACAUCAACAAUCUGGUGGAGGACGACAACGAGGUCAAUUACAUCAACGAAAUUCACCCAAUUUAAUUAGUCCAACAUCAACAACAAAUAGUCCUCUCGAUCCACGUCCCAAUGGUACAAAAGUUAGUCGUUCUCGAAAUCAAGGAUCGAAUUCAAUUGGUAAAGAAUCCACUACUGACGACACAGAAUGUACAGAGUCACCAAGAAAGAAACAUGCUGGUGGAUAUACAACUCCAAAAAUGGAACCGGUGGAAGCCAGUGAGUCAGGUGAUCAUCUAUUAACUUAUGGUUUACCAUCGUCAUCGAAAACUCCACCAAUGACUAAUAGUUUAUCGACAACAUUACCAAAUUUUAAUUUCAUCGAUCCCAUGACAAUGGCGGCUGUUAUCUAUGAACAAACUGGUGGUACAUCUACAACAUCCAAUUCAUCCAAUUCUUCAUCAACAUCAUCAACUAAUUUUCGUUGUACAGACUCAAUAACAACAUCAAGUUCAGUUUCAUUGGCUGCUGCUUAUGCAGCUGCAUCUUCAAAUUAUUCAUCAUCGUCAUUAAAUGGAAAUAAUAAAACCAAUCAUCUUCAUUCACACCAUCACAUUCAAAAUGGUAAUAAUAAUCAUCAUCAUAAUGGACAACAUCUUUAUUCACCGAAUAAUGAUUAUGGUUCGUCUUCUGUAACAGCAUCAAAUGGAUAUUGGCCAUAUUCGACUCAGCCAUACUUUUCUGGCGCGACAAGACAGUAUAUGGUAACUCAGCCACCUUCAUCAUGCCCAAUAACACCAUCAGGAGUGUCUGACACAUCUUCAUCGCCUUCUCAACAAGACUUAUCCUAUCAUACGCAUGGUUCAUAUCCACAUAUGCAAAAAAUGGUUGGAAAUUAUCCGACUAGCUAUGACUUUUACCAACAACAUAAUACUAAAUACUGUUGA